AUGUCUGCAACUGCUAAACACGACAACAACGCUGGCCCAAACGCCAACCCUGAAGACGGUCACCACCAUAAUAACAAGAAGGAAUGCGCCAUUGAGCGUCUAAAGGCACAGCUAAACAGUGUCUCCGCGGCCGCUUGGAGCUACUUUCAGGCCGUCGUGAGCAAGAGCCAGGACGUGGCCAAAGUGUGUCUUCUAGAACUGCAAAACCCGGUUGUGCUUGUCAAUUUGCUGCUACACUCCUCCGUGGUAUGCUACCUCUGCAACGGCUAUGCUAACCACAACGUGAGGUUUUUGAAGGGCAAGCCCAACUCCACCGUCUUGGCGACAACCACCGGUGUCCUGGGUCUUUUGACGCUGGACGGUAUAAUUUCCAAGAAGUACUAUUCUAGAUUCGACAAAAAAAAAUAA